AUGUUUGAGUCUGGAUUUGACAAUGUCUUCGAUGAUGUCGCUUUCGCCGUUCCCGUUAUGGCCCCGGGCAAGCGCCCUUUUCCGGUGGGGAAACCCACCAAGAUUAUUGACGUUAACCUUCUCCAUGUUUCGUCCUCCCACGCCAAUGAGUUUCUUUUGCGUGAGCUUGCGAAGCAGCACGGUCUCCGACUGACCGGUGUCCUGCAGCCUUGUGGUGGAUGCCUGCAGGCGAAGGGGAAGAAGGCGGGCGUGCCUCACCAAUUGGGCACGCGCGCGGAGCGGCCGCACGAUCUUUGGCACAUCGAUCUGUGUGGGCCGAUGACGGCCUCGCUGGGGGGUUCGUUUUUCAUGAUUAUGUUCGUGGACAGCUUCUCGCGGUGGAUGAAGCUGUACGGGAUGAGGCGCAAGUCGGACACCCUCGCCUUCGUCAAGAAGUUCCUCGCCGACAUGAGUGGCACCGGUGUCCCUCGCUCUUUCCGGAUGGACAACGGGGGGGAGUUCAUCGGACGCGACUUCAUCGCCUUCUGUGACAACGCCGGCAUCCGCCGUACGUACACGGCGCCGGGCACCCCGCAGCGAAAUGGUCCGGCGGAGGGUGCUAUCUGGCGCGUGAACAAGGCCGGCCACGCCGCUCGUCUCGAGGCACCCCGCCUGUUCCCCAAGAUCGACUUCACCCGCGUCCCCGGCUUCGGGCGCGAUGGCGAGCGACUCUGGCUAGAAUCGUGUCACUGGGCUGCCGGCGGCUUCAACCGUUCUCCGACCAAGGCAAACGUCGGGUACAAGUCGCCGCACGAGCUCUUCACCGGUCGCCCGCCACCGCUCCAGAUCGUCCCGUUCUUGCAGCCGGGGUAUAUGCGUGUGACGCGCGCGAGGAAGAUGGAUCCCCAGGCAGUGCUGUGCUGCUACCUCAACAACGGCGACAACCAUCACGAGUCGGCGGUCAAGGUCCUCAAGUUCGCGACGGGGCGCGUGUGCAUGACGAACAACGUCGUGUGGGUCUCCGACCGCGCGCCGUUGCUGACCCCGCCGCUGGAGCUGCCGGCGCCGGCGGACGAAGGGGGGGAUUCGAAUGUCGCCGCCGCACCGUAUCUCACUGAGCACAUUUCACCGCCUUUCUUACCCCCCUCACCGUAUGCCCGAUCUCCCACUUCACCCGCUGCCAUACCCUCACAGGCGCCGCCGGCAACUUCCACACCACCAUCGCCGGCGGCGCCGUCUACCGCAGCCACACCACCGCCACCGGUCACCGCGCCGCCUGCAACGCCGCUCGCCGCCGCGCCACUGUUCACCACCACCGCGCCGCCUGCACCGCCGUUCGCCGCCGCGACACCGUUCACCACUGCCGCCUCGCCUCCGGCCUCACCGUUCACCACCGCCGCUGCACCGUCAGUAAUACCGUCUCCCGCCGCCGUGCCGCCCGGUGCCGCGCCUUCCACCAACAUGCCGCCGCUCACUACGAGGACCAUCCGUGAACUGGACGUGGGGCGUGGCGACAUGAGGGUUUCUGGGCGCACGAGGGCAGCCGCUAAGGACCAGGGGGGGGGGCGUGCGUCGUCAAUGCCGCCCCUCUCUGCCAGGGCCAAUCGAGAGCUGGACUUGGGACGAGAGACGCGGGUGCCAGGGAGGUUGAGGGGUCGGCGGGUGCGUUUCCAGGAUGGGGGGGCCGAGCGGUCGACGUCACCUGGCGGGAGCGGCGACGCUCUCGCCCACCGCUUCGGUCUUGUUUCCCUGCAGGACAAGGCAACGCUCCUGUCGACUCUAACCACUCGCAGCAUCGUCGAUGGGGGGAGGAAGGAGAUCCCGAGUUCAGCCGGAGGACGUGAUGGAGCGGAGCCGGGGGGGCGAGAGCGGGGGGGCACGAAAAAAGAAGGACUGCGUGAAGAAGUCCCAUUUGCGUGCGCCACCUUGCUUGCCUCCCGCGAGGACAUUGAUCGCGCGAUGAUGGAUUUAGAUCCCCCGGAAGUGGCACCGGACUUGCCACAGUGCUACGCGAGCGACUUGCGCGUGCCCAAAACGUAUAGGGAGACUGUGUCCUCUCAACAUGCUGACUUGUGGAUACACUCUGUAGAGAAGCAGUUCAGAGGUCUGAUGGAGGCUGGUACCUUUGAGGAAGUAAUGUAGCAACCAGAAAGUGUCAUCAAGGCGAAGUGGGUGUUUGAUUGGAAGUCUGACGAGUAUGGAUGGCC